CGAUGAGCCCAGAUGGCCGGGGCUCAACCCGGAGUGCACGCCUUGCAACUCAAGCCCGUGUGCGUGUCCGACAGCCUCAAGAAGGGCACCAAAUUCGUCAAGUGGGAUGAUGACUCAACUAUUGUUACUCCUAUUAUUUUGAGGACUGACCCUCAGGGAUUUUUCUUUUACUGGACAGAUCAAAAUAAGGAGACUGAAUUGUUAGAGAUGGCAGUCUCUAUGGACAUUAAAAGUGAGAGGCAUUGCUUGGCCCCCAAAGACCCCAAAUUACGUGAACUUUUGGAUGUGGGGAACAUCGGGCGACUAGAGCACCGCAUGAUCACCGUGGUAUACGGGCCUGACCUCGUUAACAUCUCCCAUCUGAAUCUCGUGGCUUUCCAAGAAGAAGUGGCCAAGGAAUGGACAAAUGAAGUUUUCAGUCUGGCAACAAACCUGUUGGCCCAAAACAUGUCCAGGGAUGCAUUUCUGGAAAAAGCCUAUACUAAACUUAAGCUGCAAGUCACUCCAGAAGGGCGUAUUCCUCUCAAAAAGCAGCAAAGACCUUUGCAAAUCUUAGUCAUGACAAUGAACUUUGAGGCAGUUAUAAAUGCUGGCCAGCUGGCUGGAAACUCCUCCGUUGAGAUGUAUCGCCAAGUGCUCCUGUCUGGUUGUCGCUGUGUGGAGCUAGACUGCUGGAAAGGACGGACUGCAGAAGAAGAACCUGUUAUCACCCAUGGAUUCACCAUGACAACUGAAAUAUCCUUCAAGGAAGUGAUAGAAGCAAUCGCGGAGUGUGCAUUUAAGACUUCACCUUUUCCAAUUCUCCUUUCAUUUGAGAACCAUGUGGAUUCCCCAAAGCAGCAGGCCAAGAUGGCGGAGUACUGCCGACUGAUCUUUGGGGAUGCUCUUCUCAUGGAGCCGCUGGAAAAAUACCCACUGGAAUCUGGAGUUCCCCUUCCAAGCCCUAUGGAUUUAAUGUAUAAAAUUUUGGUGAAAAAUAAGAAGAAAUCACACAAGUCUUCAGAAGGAAGUGGCAAAAAGAAGCUCUCGGAACAAGCUUCCAACACGUACAGUGACUCUUCCAGCGUGUUCGAGCCUUCAUCCCCAGGAGCUGGAGAAGCUGAUACAGAGAGUGAUGAUGAUGACGAUGAUGAUGACUGUAAAAAAUCUUCAAUGGAUGAGGGGACUGCUGGGAGUGAGGCCAUGGCCACAGAAGAGAUGUCCAACCUGGUGAACUACAUUCAGCCGGUCAAGUUCGAGUCAUUUGAAAUUUCAAAAAAAAGAAAUAAAAGUUUUGAAAUGUCUUCCUUCGUGGAAACCAAAGGACUUGAACAACUUACGAAGUCUCCGGUGGAAUUUGUAGAAUAUAACAAAAUGCAGCUCAGCAGGAUCUAUCCAAAAGGAACACGUGUGGAUUCAUCCAACUACAUGCCUCAGCUCUUCUGGAACGCAGGCUGUCAGAUGGUGGCACUUAAUUUCCAGACGAUGGACCUGGCUAUGCAAAUAAAUAUGGGAAUGUAUGAAUACAACGGGAAAAGUGGCUACAGAUUAAAGCCAGAGUUUAUGCGGAGGCCUGACAAGCAUUUUGAUCCAUUUACUGAAGGCAUCGUAGACGGGAUAGUGGCCAACACUUUAUCUGUUAAGAUUAUUUCAGGUCAGUUUCUUUCUGAUAAGAAAGUGGGGACUUAUGUGGAAGUGGAUAUGUUUGGUUUGCCCGUGGACACAAGGAGGAAGGCAUUUAAGACCAAAACAUCCCAAGGAAAUGCUGUAAAUCCGAUCUGGGAAGAAGAACCUAUUGUGUUCAAGAAGGUGGUUCUUCCUUCUCUGGCCUGCUUGAGGAUAGCAGUUUAUGAAGAAGGAGGUAAAUUUAUCGGCCACCGGAUCUUGCCAGUGCAAGCCAUUCGGCCAGGCUAUCACUAUAUCUGUCUGAGGAAUGAAAGAAACCAGCCUCUGACGCUGCCAGCUGUGUUUGUCUACAUAGAAGUCAAAGACUACGUGCCAGAUACAUAUGCAGAUGUGAUCGAAGCUUUGUCAAACCCAAUCCGAUACGUGAAUCUGAUGGAGCAGAGAGCUAAGCAACUGGCUGCUUUGACCCUGGAAGAUGAAGAAGAAGUAAAGAAAGAGGUUGAUCCUGGGGAAACACCAUCAGAGGCUCCAAGUGAAGCCAGGACGACUCCAGCAGAAAACGGGGUGAAUCACACUACAUCCCUGGCACCCAAACCACCCUCCCAGGCUCUCCACAGCCAGCCAGCUCCAGGUAAACGAUCUGAACAGAGAGCUCCAGUGAAGGGUGAAGACAAUCUGCAGUCUGUAAUUACAUAGGUGGAGGCGCAGACCAUCGAAGAGCUAAAGCAACAGAAAUCGUUUGUGAAACUUCAAAAGAAGCACUACAAAGAAAUGAAAGACUUGGUUAAGAGGCACCACAAGAAAACCACUGACCUUAUCAAAGAACACACUACAAAAUAUAAUGAAAUUCAGAAUGACUACUUGAGAAGGAGAGCAGCUUUGGAAAAGACUGCCAAAAAAGACAGUAAGAAAAAAUCAGAACCCAGUAGCCCUGACCAUGGUUCAUCAACGAUUGAACAAGACCUUGCUGCCCUGGAUGCAGAAAUGACCCAAAAGUUAAUAGACUUGAAGGACAAACAACAACAGCAGCUGCUUAAUCUUCGUCAAGAACAGUAUUACAGUGAAAAAUACCAGAAGCGGGAACAUAUUAAACUGCUUAUUCAAAAGUUGACAGAUGUUGCUGAAGAGUGUCAGAACAAUCAGCUAAAGAAGCUCAAAGAAAUCUGUGAGAAAGAGAAGAAGGAAUUAAAGAAGAAAAUGGAUAAAAAGAGGCAGGAGAAGAUAACAGAAGCUAAAUCCAAAGACAAAAGUCAGAUGGAAGAGGAGAAGACAGAAAUGAUCCGGUCAUACAUCCAGGAGGUGGUGCAGUACAUCAAGAGGUUAGAAGAGGCACAAAGUAAACGGCAAGAAAAACUCGUAGAGAAACACAAGGAGAUACGUCAGCAGAUCCUGGAUGAAAAUCCCAAGCUGCAGGUAGAGCUGGAGCAAGAAUACCAAGACAAGUUCAAAAGACUGCCCCUAGAGAUUUUGGAGUUCGUGCAGGAAGCCAUGAAAGGGAAGAUCAGUGAAGACAGCAAUCACGGUUCUGCCCCUCUCUCCCUGUCCUCAGACCCUGGAAAAGUGAACCACAAGCCUCCUUCCAGUGAGGAGCUGGGAGGAGACAUCCCAGGAAAAGAGUUUGAUACUCCUCUGUGAUUGUUCCUGCCAGGCCUUCAGAAAAUGCAUGGCCACUCAGGCACCAUUGGACUCCCUCUUAUUACGAAGAUCACUGCCCAAGACCAUCUUCCUGAGAAGCAUCCCUUAGCCUAAAAUCCACACCAAAGGGAGAGUUUCGGAAGAUUCCAUGCAGGAGUCCCCUGCCCAGGCUCCAUUUGUCAUGUGGAAGCUACUGCAGGUCUACUAGUGAAGAGUGCAUGUUAUGUGAGAUUUUUGUUUUUUUUCCAAUAAUAAAUUGAAAGCAAGCAAUUUGCAGGCUCCAUGGAACAUUUAAUGAAGGACAUGUCUUCUUUGAAGAAAAUUGAGCUCAUGUUUUUAUUUGAAGCUCUAGUGUAAAGUAUUUCAAAGUAAUAGAAAUAGUUUGAGAAAUGCAUAGCAUCAUUUAACACUAUCGAACAGCCGACUUUGAGCAUUUUUUUUCUAACUGCCCCUCAACUACCAUAUCUUCAGGAUAACGUGCAUCUUAAAUGGUUUCAUCCUUUGCUUUGCAAGCACUGAUGGCUUGCAGUCUGCUAAUUUAUUUAUCGUAGAGGCAUCAGUGUAUUUGUUGCUGACAUGGUUUUAUUAAAUACAUUAGUGAUUCAAAUAAGCUGGCUUUCUUUUUGGGAAAA